UAUUAUAUCUUGAACUACACGACGCUUAUCAGCUACUGAUACCAACGGUUGAAGGUAUCAGGUGAAUUUUGAUCUGAUCCGGAUUUUUGAAACUAAGCACGAUGUGGUCAACUUUGAGGGCUUCCCUCCGUCAGGUGACGCCAUUCCGUUACCGUUUUCGACAGUUAUGUUCCGCUGUGGAGUCUACUGAAGUAAAGCCUUCGGAACCAGCGGAUCCAGUCAUCCUGGUGGAAAAGCAAGGUAGCAUCACCAUGAUCGGUUUGAACCGACCUCAGGUACGGAACGCGGUUGAUGCCGAAACUGGCCGGAAGUUAACGGCGGCCAUCGAGCAUUUUGAAAACGACGAAACGGCCACGGUCGGCGUGCUGCACGGAAUCGGUGGCUCGUUCUGUUCCGGAUAUGACCUCUCGGAGAUGACGUCACCGGAUUACAAUCCACAGUCCGUAGUUCUGCAGCGGGCUGGCGUGAUGGGACCGACGCGUCGCAACUUCCGCAAGCCGGUUGUUUGUGCCGUUUCCGGUUACUGCGUGGCCGGUGGGCUCGAGUUGGCGUUGAUGUGCGACCUUCGCGUGGUGGAGGAACAGGCCGUCAUGGGGUUCUACAACCGACGGUUUGGCGUUCCACUGGUUGACGGCGGUUCGGUCCGGCUGGCGGCGCUGAUUGGAAUGUCCAGGGCGUUGGAUUUGGUGCUCACCGGGCGAGGAGUUCGCGCGAAGGAAGCGCUGGAGAUUGGCCUCGCGAACCGGGUUGUGGCCGUCGGAACGGGGCUUGGCCAGGCGUUUAAUUUGGCGGCGAGCAUCGCAAAGUAUCCGCAGAAGAGUUUGAACCACGACCGGAAUUCGAUGUACCACGCGGUUUACCAGGCAAAAACCUUGCAGGAAGCGAUGGAGUACGAGGUGCUGACGGCGGGCGAGGAUUUGCUGAAGGAUGCGGUUUACGGGGCGACACGAUUUGCCGAGGGCGUCGGCAAGCAUGGGAAGUUUCAGGACAUCAAGGAGAAGCGGAUGGCCGACUGGGAGAAGGAAGAGUUGGCGCACGAAAUAAAGGUGGCGGAGGAGAGGGGGAAAGAGGAACCAAAGGCGAAGUUGUAGGCGGUUGGGGGGUUCUGGGAACUUGUGGGGCUGGCAGCUUGAUUCCUUCCUAUUGUUAGAUGAGAGAAUAUAUUUUUGUUAGUAUUGACUAAUGGAACAAAUGGAACUUGAAGAAGCCCUCAAAUAGUGCGCAGUGAAAACGGUACAACACAUUGUAACCGGUGUCAACGUUUAGGAAAAGUGCUCACUGGACGGAAUGCUAUGCGUUUGAGAAGGUCGACAUUUUCCAGUACUUUGGUAGCCAGAUUGCGCAUGGUGGUGGUAGCAAGCUCGACAUAUCCACGCGGAUCAAGAAGGUCAGAGGUGCUUUCACGGGUCUGCGCACCUUGUGACGAUCAAACCAAAUCAGUUUGCGCACAAAACUACGGAUCUUUAGCUCGAAAGGCAUGUCGGUGUUACUCCGCGGGAGUGAGAUCAGGUGCGUAUCGAGCCAGAAUACGUCGAAGCUACAAGUCUUUGUGAAUCGCUGCCUAUGCAAGAUACUUUACGCUUGGUGGCCCCGAAAUGCGGAGUUUCAUCGACGAGAUCCGUGGGACUGGAACCCCCAAAGACAACGCUGUCGGGGCAGACCGAGAGGCUCAUGGCGGAGAAGCUUCCACCAAGAAAUCAGUGCUGUUGACGGAACGUUAAGCUGGCGCCAAGUGAAACAGAGAACUGUCAGCAGUGAAAAUCCUUCAAGAUAAAAUCGCUGAACAGCAGAAGUAAGCCGUGAAGUGUGUAACCUGUGAUGGUAGGUACACAACUAACUUUCGCGGAUUCUCCGCGCAAAAGAAAGGUUCCUUCACGACAAUGAAACACGCUUGUUUUGUAUUUCAGCAAAUGUUUCGUUUACUAAAUUUUUUCUUCUUACCGGCUCCGGCGCAUAUUUCGGAAUAUAUCUCAAUUUUAUUUAGUUUCCAUAUGAUUCUUCUGUAGAUUUGUGUCAUCUUUCUCAAACCAUUGAUUCUAGUAUUUUUCCUGAUUUGUAUCUUUAUUAUCAUAGAUACUUGCAAUAAGUCCAUAAAAAGUUGUUUGUCUUGUGUGUGCAUUUCUCUUUUUCGAUUGGUUUUUAUUUUAUUUCGCGCCAUUUAUUAAGUUUGAAACGUUGAUUUAUAUUCCAUUACACUUACUGACUCUUACAUACGUUUGCUGCUCGUUUCCAAUAAGUUUUAAAUUUUCAUAGAUUUUUUGCUCUUAUUAUAUUUCACUACAGUUAUAAUUAUUAAGAUUAAUUUCAUUAUUCUUCUUCCACUCUGUUUUCUUGUUACAUUUCUCGCGUCCACUUGACGCACUUUUGCCUGGCGGUCGCCAUCUUUUCUGCGCGAUUGCGUUUUAAAACAUGAUUUCUGAAAAGAUUGAAAGGGAUAACAAACGGAAUAUAGUUUUUUUUCUUGUCUGCCUUUUAUUAUUGUUUUUUUUUGCGUUCAACGUGGAUGACUUGUUUGGUUGGCUUUUUUUCACUUCUUACAAAUAGGACAAUUUUGUGAUUUUAUCAUGCAGAAAGGUGCUGAAAAGAAGUUUUCGUUUGCAUCAAUCAGUUGGUGCCAUAGUAGUUGGUAAGGAACAUGUGGUUUUUAGAUUAGGUCGUUCUUUCUAUUCUUUCAUUCGUGAAGAGAGAGUUGGUGGUAAUGAUGGUGGGUCCUAAUUUGACAAAAACAAAACAAAAAUUAAAUAUGUUUUUUUUUAGCAUCAAUCGUACUCUCAAAUCUUUCUCACGCUUCAUCCUAUAAAAAUCCACUCCAACAAGCUCCUCUUUUGCUGGUGCCCUCAAACGGUUCAGUCUCUCUCCAUCCGGUUUUGUGAUCAUCAUCCUUUUUCGGCAUCCCUUCAGACACAAAAGGGGGCAUUUAGAAAAUAAAACAAGGACUUUCUUUGACGUGGCAUGUUGUGAAAAAGGGCAUAAAAUAAAACAAAAACGUUUACAAUGUGUUUUCCAGCAUUUUCUUCAACUUUCUUCUCCUUAAGGUGAUUUGAUCGACACUUCCCGAGCGUCUCUCUUCCUAGUAUUAAUGUGUGUGUGUUUCUUCUUUUUGUCUUACGAUUCAAUUUUCACAGCGUUUUUCGGACCUCAUUGCGAGUGUCCGCCUCCCCUUUUUUAUUUGUUUUUAGCUAAGUUCUUGGGCUCUCCAUUGACAAGCGCGCAAAAUCUCACCUUUAUUCCCCCGCAAAUAAAUUAUACAAACUUUAAAACUAAUCGGUUAUUUGCUUGGAUUAGGUUGGAUAAAGUAAAGAUUUUUUUCUUUUACUUUUAAAAGGCUGUAGACUUUCAAAUUUUGCGUAAAAUCAAAAAGUUUGCGGCAGAUUAAAAGUAACUAAAGUUUCUACCCC